AGCUGGGUCCCAAUCGCGCUUCCUGCUUGUCAGCCUCUUGCUUCCCAAAUGCAUAUGGUUUCCACUUGAUGUCAUCACGCAGAAGGGGGUGAAAGGGACGCGUGACAGAUUCAGAAAUUAUCACAUGUAUGAACGAUAGACGCCUGUGAGCCUGCUGAUUCCCUAGCGACCCUGAGAAGACUGACUCGGAGUGGUCUUUGAGAACCAGCUCUUUGACCUUCCUGUUGGCCCUGCCCUUCGGCUCUUGGUCCACGAUGGAGACACUCUCCCAGGAUUCCCUGCUGGAAUGUCAGAUCUGUUUUAAUUAUUAUAGCCCGCGACGAAGGCCCAAGUUGCUGGAUUGCAAGCACACCUGCUGUUCGGUGUGCCUCCAGCAGAUGAGGACCAGCCAGAAGGAUGUAAGGUGCCCGUGGUGCCGUGGCGUCACCAAGCUGCCCCCAGGCUUCUCUGUAUCACAGCUGCCCGAUGACCCCGAGGUCCUGGCAGUCAUCGCCAUCCCGCACACUUCCGAGCACACCCCAGUCUUUAUCAAACUUCCUAGCAAUGGGUGCUACAUGCUGCCCCUGCCCAUCUCUAAGGAGCGCACUCUCCUGCCAGGAGACAUGGGCUGCCGUCUGCUGCCAGGGAACCAGCAGAAGUCCCUCACCGUGGUGACCAUCCCUGCAGAACAGCAGCCCCUGCAGGGUGGAGCUCCCCAAGAGGCCGUGGAGGAGGAGCCCGACAGACGGGGUGUGGUGAAGAGUUCCACAUGGUCUGGUGUGUGCACUGUCAUCUUGGUGGCCUGUGUUUUGGUCUUCCUCUUGGGCAUCGUGCUACACAACAUGUCCUGCAUCUCCAAGCGCUUCACUGUGAUAUCCUGUGGUUGAACCCUGUCACAGGGAUGCCUUCUGUGGGUGCCAACUUAGGGGGUAAGCAGGUGUUGGCGAUGGGGUCCCUGUGAUGGGGGUGACACUGACCAUUUGGUGCAAGCGCUGGCCUCCGAUUGGCCACUUGAUUCACCUGAAGCCAAGAGCAGAGGGUGAGGUCUCAGCAAGCUCCCAGGAGAACUGUUUGGAGAUGGUGACAGCCGUGAAGAUGUGUGCAUGCUUCCUCAUAAUUGUGUAUUCAAUGGGCUGUAAUUUAUGAUUUUCCAAAAUCGUCUUCCCAAGUUAGGCUUUUCUACUUAGACAUGAAACUGUACAUGUGGGUGCAAUGACCUCUCUCAAUACGGUAGAUUGUAGGUUAAAACAGAUGCUGUGCGUGCAAGUAGAAUUAAACCUCAAAUCCAUGCUAAAAGAAAAAAAACCUAGUGAAGACACAGAGCUGGUGUGUGUGUG